GUCAGUCGUGGUCGGCGAUCGUCAGCAUAAAAACGUUUUUCGUUUGCCAAAAUCUGGCUUCGUUGUUUGUUUUGAUUUAUAUUUGUGAUCUGUGUAAUGGAGACCGAUAAAGAGGCAAUUGUUGUAAAGAAAGAUACAACAGAAAUACUACGGGAAGUCCUGCACAAAGCAGCGAAAGAACGGGGCUAUAAGGAUUACAAAUUAGAUAUAAAGCAAUCUUCAUCAGAAGGAGCAAACAUUUCAAGUGUACUUUUCACCGCUACUAUAUCGGAAUCAAAUAAGGAUGAUAUUAAUAUCUUCGCUAAAGUCGCGUGCUUAAGCGAGAGCGUUAGAAAGGGAACACCUUUUCAGAUGUUCGAGACAGAAAUUCUGUUCUAUUCGGAUUUAAUUAAAACAUACAAACAAAUAGAGGAAAAGCACAAUGUGCCCCUUGAACAUAGGUUUGUGGCACCAGAGGUGUAUGGAAUCAAUCCCCAAUACUUCGAAGAAACGAUUGCUAUGGAAAAUCUGAUGUCCAGAGGCUAUCAGAUGUUCGACAGAUUCCAAAUUAUAGACUGGAACUACACUAAGGAAUCUAUGACACAUCUUGCGAGACUUCACGCCCUAUCAAUAGCGUAUUCUGUCGAACAACCAGAAGAGUUUGAAGAGAAAACCAAGAAUCUCGUAAUAAAAAAGGAUGUGAAGUCACUGAAGGAGGCUUUCAAUAAGAUGCUGCAGAAAGUACUCGAAUCUGCGAAACAAGAGCACAAAGAUCGCUUGAAAGACUUCAUAGAUAAUGUUGCGUCACCAGAGAGAAUGGCUUGCAUGAUGAAACCACUAAAACGAACAUUUAUAACACAUGGUGACUAUCGCCCCAGCAACUUAAUGCAUAAAUUACGAGAGGAUGGAACAUAUGAUAUAAUACCGAUCGACUUCCAAACGCUGAGUCGCAGUAAUCCAAUAGUCGAUAUUUUAUAUUUUCUAUUCAGCGGAUCAGACAAAGAAUUCCGAGCCAAAUACCUUAGGAAGUCUUUCGACCAUUACUACAGUGAGCUUUGUGCGUCUCUAACUAGAUUGGACUUGAAUCCUCAAGAGAUAUAUCCAAAGGAAGACUUCGAAUAUGAAUUGAAAGAGGUUUUACCACUCGGCUUGUUCAUAGGUCUCCUGCUUUUGAUGGUGGUGACUGUAGAAAUGGAAGAUUUCCCCAAACUCGAUGAAAACUCUGAAUUAGAAGAUAUAUAUUACUCGCCUAGUGAAUCUUAUAAGACAAGGAUGAACGAUCUUCUGGAAGACUGUAUUGCUAUGGGUGUCAUUUAAGAGUUGAAUAAUUUUUAAGAUGGCAAUAU